AUACAAUAAGUUAUAACUGUGUCUGUGACGAUUCACUAGCCUUAGCUUUGUUUUGAUUUUGUGGGUUAGUUUCUGUUGUCUUUUAUUUUUAACAGUAGUAUUAUCCGUGAAGCAAGAAAUGAUUUCUUCGAACAACGAUAUCAGUGAAUCGUAAAGUAGCUAACGCAUCAGUGAAUUCUGAUUAUGAAGACGAUCAGUGAACUUUUUUGAGUCUAUAAAUAUACUUCAAUUAUUUAACUUCAUCAGAAAUUAGCUGUAAUUAAUAAUGGCUGACAGGACACAAAACUCAGCUGAAUUGGUGUCAUCAAAGGAGGGAAGCAAAAAUUCUGAUGAAAAAUCUAAUUUAGAAAAUGAAAUUAUUGAAAAUGGCAAAAAUGGAAAGCAAAUUAAAUGUCAGCGAUGCCCAUCUACAAUUUUAAUUCCUGGGACAGCAACUUUAGUUGAGCACGAGUUCAAAUUACCUGAAGCACCAACUAAGGAAGAUGAAACAAAGGAAGUUGAUGCCUCUACAAACAAAUACAAAUAUUGGUGUGUUGAUAAUAUGUAUGCCUUUGAAAAUGUUGGUUUUAGUAAGACUGUUGAAGGUGUUAAAUAUCUUAUUUGCGCUGAUUGUGAAAUUGGGCCUAUUGGUUGGCAUGAUCUCGAAACAAAGCUUUCCUAUGUAUCCCUUGGUAAAGUAAAUUAUUGUUGAUUUUAAUGUAUUAUUUUGUGAUUGGUUGUUCUUAAAGAGAAAUAUUAAUUUAAAAACUGUAGCGUAAUAUAAUUAUUCGAAACAUUUCUUAGCUUUUUUUUUUAAAUGAAUUAGAGGACAAUAUAAAUUUGUCUUAGAGCUUGCAUGUGUGACUAAAUAUUUUGACAAAAAUUUAUUUGUUUAAUCAUGAUUAUUUUACUAUGUUGUGAUACUAUUUGAUACAUAUCUUCUGUAUAAACUAUGUAUUUGUGUUUUCAAAAGUGUUUCCUAAUAAAAAAUUUUGAAACUUA